AUGUAUUUCCUCCCCUUCCUUCUCUCCCUGUCCACCCUAACCCUCGGCAACCCCAUCUCCAAACGCCAGUACAUCGGCUCCGACACCGAAAACCAGCUAGUAGACGGUACACCCUGCCGCGCUAUCACCAUCCUCUUCGCCCGCGGCACCACCGAGUCCGGAAACGUCGGGACUCUCGCCGGACCGCCCCUUUUUCAGGCCGUGGCUAAUGCCGUUGGUGCUGGGAACGUCGCUGUGCAAGGUGUCAAUUACGGCGCCACCAUAGCCGGGUUCCUGGUCGGUGGUGAUCCGGCUGGUUCUUCGACUCUUGCCUCGCUACUCGCAAAAGCACAGUCGAAAUGCCCGAAGACGAAACUCGUUCUCUCCGGGUACAGUCAGGGUGGGCAAUUAGUUCAUAACGCCGCUGCCAUGCUCUCGGCUUCUCAGACGAGCUUCGUGAAUUCCGUCGUGAUCUUCGGCGACCCAGAUAACGGCCGCGCUAUUGGUAAGAUUCCCAGCUCGAAGGUGUUGAUUAUUUGUCAUGUCGGCGAUGAUAUUUGCCUUGGUGGCGAUUUGGUUUUGGCGCCGCAUUUGACGUAUGCGCUUAAUGCGCAGCGGGCAGCUAGUUUUAUUGUUGCGAAGGCUGGGUUGUGA